AUGGCCCCCGCCGUCGGUAUCGACUUGGGCACCACGUACUCGUGCGUGGGUGUCUUCCGCGACGACCGCAUUGAGAUCAUCGCCAACGACCAGGGUAACCGCACCACCCCGUCGUUCGUCGCCUUCACCGACACCGAGCGGUUGAUCGGUGAUGCCGCCAAGAACCAGGUCGCCAUGAACCCCUCCAACACCGUCUUCGACGCCAAGCGUCUGAUCGGCCGCAAGUUCAACGACCCCGAGGUGCAGGCCGAUAUGAAGCACUUCCCCUUCAAGGUCAUCGAGAAGAACGGCAAGCCCAUCAUCGAGGUCCAGUUCAAGGGCGAGACCAAGCAGUUCACCCCGGAGGAAAUCUCCUCCAUGGUCCUGACCAAGAUGCGUGAGACUGCCGAGUCCUACCUGGGUGGCACCGUCAACAACGCCGUCAUCACCGUCCCCGCCUACUUCAACGACUCUCAGCGUCAGGCCACCAAGGACGCCGGUCUCAUUGCCGGUCUGAACGUCCUGCGUAUCAUCAACGAGCCCACUGCCGCCGCCAUUGCCUACGGUCUCGACAAGAAGGGCGAGGGCGAGCGCAACGUGCUCAUCUUCGACCUGGGUGGUGGUACCUUCGAUGUCUCCCUGCUGACCAUUGAGGAGGGUAUCUUCGAGGUCAAGGCCACCGCCGGUGACACCCACCUGGGUGGUGAGGACUUCGACAACCGCCUGGUCAACCACUUCGUCAACGAGUUCAAGCGCAAGUACAAGAAGGACCUGACCACCAACUCCCGUGCCCUGCGCCGUCUCCGCACUGCUUGCGAGCGUGCCAAGCGCACCCUGUCGUCCUCGGCCCAGACCUCCAUCGAAAUCGACUCGCUCUUCGAGGGUAUUGACUUCUACACCUCCAUCACCCGUGCUCGUUUCGAGGAGCUCUGCCAGGACCUCUUCCGCUCCACCAUGGACCCCGUCGAGCGUGUCCUGCGUGACGCCAAGAUUGACAAGUCCUCCGUCCACGAGAUCGUCCUGGUCGGUGGUUCCACCCGUAUCCCCAAGAUUCAGAAGCUCGUCGGCGAGUUCUUCAACAAGGAACCGAACAAGUCCAUCAACCCCGACGAGGCCGUCGCCUACGGUGCUGCCGUCCAGGCCGCUAUCCUGUCUGGUGACACCUCCUCCAAGUCCACCAACGAGAUCCUGCUGCUCGACGUCGCUCCUCUGUCCGUCGGUAUCGAGACCGCUGGUGGUGUCAUGACUCCUCUGAUCAAGCGCAACACUACCAUCCCCACCAAGAAGUCCGAGACCUUCUCGACCUACUCCGACAACCAGCCCGGUGUGCUCAUCCAGGUGUACGAGGGUGAGCGUGCCCGCACCAAGGACAACAACCUGCUGGGCAAGUUCGAGCUUACUGGUAUUCCUCCGGCGCCUCGUGGUGUUCCUCAGAUCGAGGUCACCUUCGAUGUUGACGCCAACGGUAUCAUGAACGUCUCGGCCGUCGAGAAGGGUACCGGUAAGAGCAACAAGAUUGUCAUCACCAACGACAAGGGCCGUCUGUCCAAGGAGGAGAUCGAGCGCAUGGUUGCCGAGGCCGAGAAGUACAAGGCUGAGGAUGAGGCCGAGGCUGCUCGUAUCCAGGCCAAGAACGGUCUCGAGUCGUACGCCUACUCUCUCAAGAACACCAUCAACGAGGGCAAGCUCAACAUCAGCGCCAGCGACAAGGAGAAGCUGCAGAGCGAGAUCGAGAAGACCAUCAACUGGCUCGACAACAACCAGACCGCCACCAAGGAGGAGUACGAGUCUCAGCAGAAGGAGCUGGAGAGCGUUGCCAACCCGAUCAUCUCCGCUGCCUACGGCGGUGCUGCUGGUGCUGCUGGCGGUCCUGGUGCCUUCCCUGGCGCUGCUGGCGCGGCUGGUGCCACUCGUACUGCCGAUGAGGUCGAGGAGCGCCCUGAGGAGCUUGACUAA